CAGCUGUUUUCAAUUAGAAGUGAUUCCAGAGUUUCCUGGGAUUCCUGCAGACGGUGUGCAGGCUGAAGCUGGAAAGAGAGUUGGGACCAGACCAGAUCCGAUCGGGUUUCCUUCAUGAUGACUGCAGUUCUCAACUCAUCUCAGGAGGACGAUUUCCAGCCUGUUGACAUGGACCUGACCUGUGCUGUUUCUCCGGGAGAAACUUCAGUUCAGCAGAUGGAGACAUCUGGAGAUGCUGAUAAACAUCAGAUGAUGAGAGUUUAUUUGAGGAUUCGACCAUUUUCGAAGAAGGAAUUUUCUGACAACGAGGAUCAGGACUGCGUCAUCAUCGAUGAUGACCAAACUGUGACCCUCAAAGCACCGAAGGGCUCGGCCACCAUGAAGAGCAGCAAGAAAGGAAUCGGAACGUCAAUCCACAAGUUCUCCUUCUCAAAGAUCUUUGGACCUGAGACAACGCAGGCAGAACUGUUCGAGGCCACCGUCAGAGACCAGGUGCUGGACUUCCUGGAUGGAGGCAACGCUCUGAUCUUCAGCUAUGGCGUCACCAACACCGGGAAGACCUUCACCAUUCAAGGAACCCCGCAAGAGCCUGGACUAUUACCCCGGCUGUUGGAGGCUGUGUUUCAUCACAUCGCAGGUCGUCAGUAUGAGGAGAUGGAUCUGAAACCAUUUCUGAGGAACGGCGUCCAGCAUCUGGAUGUGGAUCAGGUCAAACUGGAGAAAACCAACAAAACAGCUGUUUUUGCCUCCAUCAGAGACGAAUGUGAUCGACCAAAAACUACCAACUGUUCUGAGACCAGUUCUGAGACCAGUUCUGACUCCACUGGGUUGCUACCUCCAUCCUGCUGUCCAACAGUCCUGACCAGUAAUGCACCAGAACCCCCCAGUACUGACCUGUUUGCCCUGUGGGUGGGAUUCUUUGAGAUCUACAAUGAGAGUGUUUAUGACCUGCUUCAGCCAUCCAAGAAACGUUCAUCUCUUCGUGUCUGUGAUGACUGCGCUGGAAACGUUUACAUUAAAGACCUGAGGUGGAUCAACGUCCAGAAUCUAAGUGAAGCCUGGAAAUUGGUCCAGGUUGGGAAUAAAAACCGGAGCGCUGCGUCCACCAGGAUGAACCAGUCGUCCAGUAGAAGCCACGGCAUCUUCACUAUGAAGCUCCUGAAGGUUGAAGUAGGAGCCGUUAAAACUGUGUCAGAGUUUUCUCUCUGUGACCUUGCUGGAUCGGAAAGAUGCAAUAAAACCAAGACAUAUGGAGAAAGGCUGAAGGAGGCCGGGAAUAUAAAUAAUUCCCUUCUGAUUCUUGGGAAGUGCAUCAGCGCACUGCGUUGCAGUCAGACUGACAGAAUGAGGAAGAUCUACGUUCCCUUCAGAGAAAGCAAGCUCACCAAACUUUUCCAGGCCUACUUCUGCGGAAGCGGACGAGCCUCCAUGAUCGUCAACAUCAACCAGUGCAGCUCUACCUACGACGAAACUCUCCACGCCAUGAAGUUCUCAGCUUUAGCCAAACAGGUGGUCCAGGUGAUCCCAGACAGACCUCCGGAUCUGCCUCCCUGUCUGUUUGGCCAAGACGGGAAACCUCUGCUGAGGAACAGCGAGAUCGACAACCAGGUCCUGGAGAGCUUCCUCUCUGCAGAGGAAGAGGAAGCUGACAUAACUCUGCUGCCUCAGGCUGAGCUUCUGAGCAUAGUUGAAAAUCUGAAAACUAAACUCCUGGCUGAGCGACGGAAAAACCUGGUCCAGGAAGUGGAAAUACGCAAAGAGAUGGGAGAUGCCAUGUUGCAGCAGCUCAUGGAGAGCGAAGAACUUCGAAUGCGGCAGAUAGAGGAACUGAAGGAGAGCCAUGCAGAAAAGCUGGAGAAAACGUUUGAGCUCUACAAAGAUGCCAUCAAAGAUUACGCUUAUCAGUGCGCCCUGAGCAGCCUGGAAGAUGACUACGUACCUCUGGACCAGUUCACAGCUGAACAGAACAAAGUGGAGGCUCUCAGACGGGAAGUUUCUGUUUUGGAAAUGCUGGUAUCCAGCAGACAAGGACAAGCUCCAACAGCGGACCAGUCAUGUCAGACUGAAUUGUCCAAAGAUGCUGAAGAAGCAGAAAAGGAGCGAUGGGAGCGUCUGUACAGGGAGAAAUGUGCGGUGGAGAAGAUGUGUGAAGACAAGCAGCAGAUCAUUGUGUCCCUGGAUAGGAGGCUGAUGGAGCUCAGCAGGACGCUGGAGGACAUCAGGAACAGCUUCCUGGAUAAAUCAGCCGAGCUGGAGAAAUUGCAGAGGAAGGCAGAUGAACAGCUGGAAUCCAUGGAGGAAAUCCUGUGGCAGAAUGCUGAUAAGGACCGGGAGAUUUCCUCUCUUAAGGAUCAGAUUUCCAAGUUAUCCAAGAAGUCUCCCGUCAAGUCCAGGACCAGACGUUGGCCAAUAUCAGGGAAGCGGUGAUGUCUACUCAGAAAACUGCGCCCAGCAGAAGUCUCUGGAAAUCUAGCCAGAUUCCACAAACCUAAAACAGCUGCAAAUCUGGUUUUAUUACUGUUUUUGUUUUGUUUUUGUUUUUUUUACCAGGAAGUCUUUUGUAAGUUUUU